UUCAGAAGAAGAAGAAGUGUCGGAAAGUUGUCUGCAAGCCUCACAAGCAAGGUCCUUCAGCUCUUCCAGACGAGAAAUACUUCUUAUUAAAGACGCAUAAAGAAAGAUACAGACGGAUUUGUUGGUGGGACUUCUCUGCGUGUUCCUCUUUCCUCGGACAGACAGCUGUGAAGCUGCUUCUCUCCUCCUCAGCCUCCACACUGUAAAUAGAUCAAACUACCAGAAUGUCACAACACUUCAGAAGCGGACCAUCCUUCGGUCUGUCUGCAGAGGUCAAGAGUAAGUUGGCAGGGAAGUACGACCCCCAGAAGGAAGAGGAGCUGAGGCUGUGGAUUCAGGAUGUGACAGGCAAAAGGAUGGGGGACGGCUUCAUGGAGAGUCUGAAGAAUGGAGCCCUGUUGUGCGAACUCAUUAAUGUGCUCCAGCCAGGUUCUGUGAGAAAGGUCAACAACUCCACUCAAAACUGGCACCAGCUGGAAAACAUAGGGAAUUUUGUCCGCGCGAUCACAGAGUACGGCCUGAAGCCACAUGACCUCUUUGAGGCAAACGAUCUGUUUGAGAAUGUCAACCACACUCAGGUCCAGAGCACGCUCAUCGCUCUGGCUGGCAUGGCCAAGUCCAAAGGUUUCCACUCCAAAUACGACUUAGGAGUGAAGUACGCUGAGAAGCAUCAGCGGCGUUUCGCUCCAGAGAAGCUCAAAGAGGGACGCAACGUCAUAGGCCUGCAGAUGGGCACCAACAAGCUCGCCAGCCAAAAGGGCAUGACCUCUUACGGCACGCGGCGCCAUCUGUAUGAUUCCAAGAUGGCCAUGGACAACCCGCUGGACCAAUCUACUAUCAGCCUACAGAUGGGCACCAACAAGGGAGCCAGCCAGGCUGGCAUGACAGCCCCGGGAACUAGGAGGCACAUCUUCGACAAGAAGCUGGAUCUGGAGAACUGUGACACCACCACCAUCUCUCUGCAGAUGGGCACCAACAAAGUGGCCUCCCAGCAGGGCAUGACCAGCUACGGCCAGCCUCGCCAGGUCUACGACAACAAGUACUGCUCCAACCCCACUGAGGCCUACUACAACAACGGGAGUGAGGCGGAGUUUGAUGGCUACAACCAGUACUCUGACUAAGAACACAGACGGCCUCAUCCCCCCCCCCAUCCCCUUUACUUAACUUCAGACAACCAACCACAACUGUCUUUGUGACGAGCAAACCUUCCAGACUGUUAUUUAACACUGAUUGAUGUCAUUGUCGUCUUCAUUCCCCAUCUUUUUUUUUUCUAAACGUAUUUUUACUCUUAGGAAUUUGUCUUUCCAUGAGUGAAAGAAAAAAAAAUAGUGUUUGCACUGACCUUACGUCAAAGAUUUCUUGCAGUGGCCAACCUGUAUCUCGUUGCUCUGAUGAAUUUUAUUACCGCUAAAAAAUCUCCAAGCAACACUCCGAUUUAAUGAACUGCUAUUUAUAGAUUUUUUUUUUUUUUUGCUACAGCUUUUUAUACUUGCGAUGUAAUUAGAGAUUUAUAACCUCCCUACCCUUCCAAUCCAGUUUGAGCACUGAAAAAAGCAGAAUUUAAAGUUCCUCAAAAGGAAACAAGUGACCGUGUUGGUGCUAUUGAACUCUGACCCAGUUGGGAACCGAGUCCACGUCCACAUUGGAGCUCCUCAGGCUCUAGGAUUAUCACUCCUCGGGAUGGCACGGAAGUUCCGGGUCCACAGACUGGCUGAGGAGCCGGCGAUGCAGGAGGACUCGUAGCUUUGUGCAGACAUUGCUUUGUUUUGUGAGCACCUGCGCUGUCAUGUUCACAAGCCUGCCAAAUUACCCAUCACGCCAUUUUUACGGGGCUAAUUUUCAUGGCUUUGUGUGCAGCACAAGUCUUUGGUUUUAUUAAGGAAGUAUAUAGGUAAUAGGAAAAAGUAGAGGUCUGCAAGACAAUGUUUUUAUAAAGUAAAAGAGCAAAUGUAGGUU